AAAAAAAUAAUUGUUCCAAGUGGAUUGGAUCAAAAUCCAACAUUUAUGGAUUUUUGGGGUAAAAUCACUAGUAGUAUUAUUUAUAUUAUAUAAUUGGUGUCUCCUCUUCCUUCAAUCUUCACAAAUCUUUGUAAAACGCAACCAUCUGAGAUCUUAAAUCUUAAUCUCUCUGAAAAUGGCGUCCUCAGAAGAAUUCUUAUCCAUAGAAUUCAUAACCCAAUUUCUGUUGGUAGAUUCCUCAGAUCACCAAACCCAUUUCCAAACAGAUUCCCCCUUUCUCCACUCCAUCAAAUUGGAAGAUUUCAUUUUCGAUUCCCCAAUUCCGCCAUCACCGCCUCCGGCGGAAGGCUGCUACAACGACACGAAGUCCGGCAAAGUUGAAGACUGGUCGACACCGAAGACCGACAUGUUGGGUCAGGCCAGCAAAGCCGAUGCGGAAGCCUCUGUGGCAGGGAAGACAAACACCGACAAGAAGGGGAGAAGUCAUUUCCGGGGAGUACGGCGGCGGCCGUGGGGGAAAUUUGCGGCGGAGAUUCGUGAUCCGACCCGGAAGGGGAUUCGGGUUUGGUUGGGGACAUACGGCAGUGAUAUAGACGCGGCUAAGGCCUACGACUGUGCGGCGUUUAGACUGAGAGGGAGGAAAGCCGUUUUGAAUUUCCCAUUGGAGGCCGGAGAACCCGACCCGCCGGCGGUGUCCGGCCAGAAGAGGGGAAGGGGGCAGAAAUGGAGGAAUAUUCCCAAGGCAUUGAUGGCAAUGGAUGAGAAGUAAAUGUUACAGGGUGGAAAUUAAAUUAAAACAAACAACUACCUUUAUGUUGGGUUAAGUGGAAUAUUUAAUUUGCUACCUAUAUUUAUGUAAAUAUAGAGUUGUUACUCUUA